AUGGACCCCGCGGGGCCGCGCGUGGUCACGGAUCCCGCCGGAUCGGGGGCUGCGCCGCCGCGCGAGGAAUUGGACGGGAGAGGAGGAGGAGGAGGAGGAGCGUGCAGUGGCGCCGCAGCGGCGGAGGGGAGCGCGUCGCGGCUGGCGGGCGCUGGACUGGGAGGUGGGGCCACCGCACUUCGUUAUGUUCCUCGCGCUUUCGUCCCCGAUCCGUGCUUGCCCCCAUGGCCAUGCUUUUAA